AUGUCGCCAGUUCUGCAGGGCCAGUUCAACAAUACUGUGAACGGCCCAGGAUUGCCGUACGUACCACGUCCGGCUCUUCAGCAGCAUUCUACUCCGGAUUACGCACAGCAAGUCGGGCAACAGCGGACUGUAGUGCCAUCCCAGCUUCCAACCCCGGCACCGACUCCUACAGCGCAGAUGUAUACACCGGCUCAGUCUACCCAGCAGUACUCCCCACAACUGGGUUCUUACCAGCCUACGGGGUAUCCAUCUUCAGCACAGCCGCAAUGCUUCCAGCCACACCAGACGCCCAAGGCGCCAGAGCUCAAGAUUAAGCAACACAGCUUCCCUACUGCGCCUCGGUCUCAGCCUACGCAGUCCGCAAAUACUUCCAACCGUCGUCGCAAUACUCAGCCUGGCCUCGCGACUCUUACUAGACCUGCCGGCAUUUCCAAGUCCGUUCCCCAACCCCCCACAACUGCUGCCACGCCGGACUGGACCGACCGAGCUCAGCUUGCAGCUAGCAUGCCUGCUUUUAAAAGUCUUCCGAAAGCAGAGAAGGUAGCCAAGAUUCUGGAGAUCAACAGAGCUAUAAAGGCGAAGAACCCUACUACGCUCACAUCGAUGGAGCAGUUCUUGCUUGACCUGGAUGUCGCUAAAGAAGACGUCACCGCAGUGGGAGUAGUAGGGCCCGAUGGUAAUAUCGUGAAGCCACCAGGUCAACAAGCGAUAUCCGUUCCAGCGCCGAGCUACCCGACUCCUCCGGGGCUACAGACAACUCCACCAGGUCUCCCAGCCUUCGCGCAUCAUCCGGGGUAUUCGAACAUUACGAGUUCGUUCCCUCAACCGUCCUAUAACCCACCAACGAAAUCUGCACCGGCUGGCAAGCGAGGGAGGAAGAAGAAGGAGAAGAAGUGA